GGAGCCAGCGGCACCGGCGGCCGCAGCAGUCAUAGCACAGGCAGCGGGACAAAGGGGCCGUCCUGGGGGGCCCAGCAAAACCGGAUCGGAACCAGGAUCUGCCUCGCUUUGGAGUGCUGGAAGCGGAGUGAAGCAACUGCACCGGGAGGACGGGUUGGGCGGGCAGCAAAACCGGUUUCCAGCGCUGGAAGGGGGAGGGAGAAAAAUAAAAAGGAGGAGGAGUUCAGAGUCCGGUUCUGAUUCGGUGCCAACUCUUCUCUUCCCCUUUGCAAGAGGCAAAACCUCGGUCCGGUUUGCACGUGGUUUCGGGCGAGGAAAGGAAAGCACGGAGGGAAGGAAGGAGGGGAGGAUCCCGUCUGGGUGCUCCUGGGCCGGUUCGGAGACUCGGUGCUGGUUUCGGUUCGGGACAGGCAAGAAGCGGACGCACUUUCUCUCCAGUUUCCCACUGGGGGAGGGGGCUGGGAAACGGAGCAAGGCAAGUGAGAAAAGGAAGCGGAUCCGAUUCUGGUGCCGGUUCGGUUCCUCGGUGGGAAGUGCAGAAGGUCCGGCGGUUGCUAGCACGUGGCGCCGGUUCGAGAAGAGAAAAGAAAAGCGCCUCGGAGCCCAGGAACAAAAUCAAAUAGCGGAGCCACUCCUUUUUUCCCCCUUCCCCCCUCCCUCCCUCUUCCCUCUUCUUUUUGUGCUCCGGUGCCGAUCGGGUUCGGAUGGCGGCUCCCUGCAGCCCAGAAAGCGGCCCGACGGCCACAGGGGGGCCAGGGCCCCGGGUGUAUUUCCAAAGCCCCCCGGCGGGAGAAGGGGGCACGGAGGAAGAGGAGGGCCCGGUGCGGCGCCAGGGCAGAGUGACUGUGAAAUAUGAUCGCAAAGAACUCCGUAAGAGGCUCCACUUGGAGGAAUGGAUCCUGGAACAGCUGACGGUGCUCUAUGACUGCCAGGAAGAGGAGAUCCCAGAGCUAGAAAUCGAUGUUGAUGAACUGCUGGACAUGGAAAGUGAUGAGGCCCGCAGUGCCAGGGUGAAGGAACUCCUGGUGGACUGUUACAAGCCCACAGAGGCGUUUGUAGCAGACUUGCUAGACAAGAUUCGUGGCAUGCAGAAAUUAAGCACUCCGCAGAAAAAGUGAAUUGUGAAUCUUCCACCACUGUGCCUCCCCCUUCAGGUGGAGGUUUUUAUUAAAACUCUGCUGUUUGGGGAGGGGGGUGAUUUCACAAUGGACCGGGAGGCUGGUGGAGAAUCAGUUAUUGCUCCCCCAAAGAUUGGGGAGACCCUCUUUUUUGGGGAAUGCUUCGAUAAUCAAAACCAUCUUGGACACCUUUUUCAGCAAUAUCUACCUGUUCCUCCCUGACAUUUUCCCCUCCACUUGUGUGUUUGGGAGAGGGGGAGGAGAAGAUCCACCCCUGUGGAGGGGGGGGGUGGAAGGAGAGAGAAGGGGGGGGGAAGGGUAGGAUCUUGAAAUUUUUUUUAGAAUGUUUUGAGGUUUUUUUUAAAUUGUGUUUUUAUAUAAAUUUAAUAAAGAUGCUUUGAGAA